AAAGUCUCUCAAUUUCAAGAAUGGCGGAUUUGAUUGUGUCUCUCAUUUCUCCCAUUACUGAGCUUAUCAAGUGUUGUUUUCCUCCAAUUAAGGUUGGAUUUAGGUACUUAGUUCGACAUGAGAAAAAGAUUGGAGAGCUUAAAACCAAAGUCAAUACGCUGAGGACAUUAAAAUCAGAUGUGCAACUUAAAGUAGAAGCAGCCGAAAGGAACCGUGAAACAAUUUUUGAUGAAGUAGUGAAAUGGCUUGGCGAGGUGGAUGCACAAACUACUCAAGAUCCACAAAUGGUGGCCUUAAUGAAUGGGCAAGCUCUUGAUGAAAUUAAUAAAAUAAAACAUUUUACUCGUCGUUAUGGCGUUGGUAAACUUAUUAUUAAAAAAAGUGAACUAAUUGAUUCACUUAUUCUCCAAGGAAGAAAUUGUUCAAGUGUUUCUACCGGUAUCAGUCGUUUAGUUCUUGGUGUAGAUUGUUUCCCAAAAGAUCCAGAUUUCGAGUCGUUUCCAUCAAGAGAGUCUGUUAGGGCUGAAGUCAUCAAAGCGUUGAGGGACGCCAAGACUAACUUGAUCGGGGUAUAUGGAAUGGGUGGAAUUGGGAAAACAAUGCUGAUUAAUGAAAUUUGUAGCCAAGUCAAAGAAGAUAAACUUUUUGAGGUGGUUGUAUUCGUAGCUGUAUCUCAGAAUGUGGAAUUGAAGAAGAUACAAGCUAAAAUAGCCGAGGCGCUAGAGUUUGGAGCAAUUAAACAAAGCGAAGAUGAAACCACAAGAGCAUUGACUUUAUCAGCACGGUUAAUGGAGGUACAGAGCAUACUCAUUGUGUUAGAUGAUCUAUGGACAGAGGACUUCAACUUACAUCAUGUGGGCAUACCUUAUGGACAAAACAAAGGCUGCAAAGUUGUUGUUACUACAAGAAUCCGUAAAGUAUCUUGUGGUAGUCAUGAAUUUCAAACCAACAUCGAAGUGAAGACCAUAACUGAAGAUGAAUCACGGGAUCUGUUCAAGAAAAAGGUCGGUGAUAUUCCGGAUAUUGAUGUGGCUAGAGAGAUCGUCAGGGAGUGCAAUGGUUUGCCAAUAGCACUUGUUGUGCUCGGAAGGGCAUUGAGAAAAAAAGACACUGAAGUAUGGGAAACAUUUUCUAUUCAACUAAAGAAUUCUCAGAUUAAAGACAUCGCAGGUAUGAAUUCCAGAGUUUACUGCUCGAUAAAAUUGAGUUAUGAUUUCUUGAAGAAUGAGUUGGAAAAAAGAUGUUUCCUGCUUUGUUGCCUAUUCCCGGAAGACUAUAAAAUAACUGUGAUUAAUGAACUCAUGAUGUACUUUAUCUGUGAUGAUACUAAUUUGCGUGGCUUCACUAAUCUAAAGCAAGCCAGGUGGAAAUUACACACAGUAUUGCUGUUACUCACAGAUUCAUGUUUAUUAUUGCGUGAUGAGAAAAUGUCCGUUGUGUGGAUGCAUGACAUUAUUCGUGAUGUGGCAAUCUCAAUUGCCUCCGAAGAAGAACAUGGUUUCCUUGUAGAAGUUGGCAAGGGUUUAACUGAGUGGCCGAAUCUGUUACUAUCACCGUCGAGUAAUUCAAGGUUCCAACGGCUAUCACUGAUGAGAAACUCGAUCAGCGGACUCCCCGACCAACCUGAAAUUCCUCUUCUCGUUAGCAUGUCUUUGGAAGGAAAUGAAACAUUGAAGGACAUUCCGGAUGAUUAUUUUCAAGGUAUGAAGCAAAUGGAAACUCUUGAUUUGCGCUCAACUGGUAUUUCUAAAUUACCCAAGUCGAUUUCAUUACUUUUAGGUCUCCGAACACUUUAUCUAGAUUAUUGUGUUUUUGAUUCUUCGACUGACAUAUCUCUAGUUGGGCUUUUAAAGAAACUUGUAAUACUUAGUCUGCAAGGUUGUAAUUUGGAGCGACUGCCAACCGAGAUAGGUGAACUAACUGGUUUGAAGUCGUUAAAUUUGUCGCGAAACAAGUCUCUGCACGUUCCACCAAAUGUUAUAUCGAAGUUGUCUCAGCUGGAAGAGUUAUACAUGAAGGAAAGCUUCAGAGGGUGGGAAGUCCAAGGGUGGAAAAGUGAAAUGAAAGCUAGUUUAGAAGAGAUAACAUUUUUAUUACAAAGAGGUGUAUUAACUACUCUACAUUUCAGUUUGGAUAAGAGUCGUCGCGAGCUUCAUAUUGAGAAGGAUGGACCAAGAAGAAUCCAUUUGGAUGUAACUUUUGGCCAGAGAACAGGGUUAGACUACAGGUCCUGCCACAAUUUCCUUGAUGUUAUGGUUUCUCCUCCAAUUUGUCAUAUCAUUAUGGUGUUGUUGGAAAGAGUCGAAACGCUAAAGCUUAAAAGGAGUAACGAUCUGAAGAGUGUAGCACAAAUUGUUCCAACUCAUGUUGGAUUUAAAAAUAUGAAGUCUCUUGGUAUUGAAGAAUGCAAUGGCAUGGAAUUUCUGAUGAGGGCGCAGGAAGCAGAAGUCGCAAGAAACACUUUCAGUGCUAUGGAAGAUCUAGUCAUCCGUUCAAUGAAUAAUUUGGAGCAACUUUUUGAUGGACCAGUACCAAUAGGAUUCAUUAAGGAACUAAAAAAGCUGACCAUAAGCAAGUGCAAUAAGAUGGCUAGUAUUUUCGACUCAAAUUUGUUGAAAAUGGUGCCGAAUUUAGAUGAUCUUAGAGUAGAAGGUUGUGAAAUGUUGAAGGAAAUAUUUAACUUAGAAGAAGCAGAUGAACCUAUUCCUGGAGAGCGAAGUUAUAAUGUCAAUUCAUGUUUGAAACUAAAAAAUAUGCAUUUGGAGGGCUUACAAUCUCUGGAGAUCAUAUGCAAAGGAGUCAUUCCAAAUGGAGGUUUUGACAAUCUUCUAAAAGUAGAGCUUUAUACUUGUGACAAAAUUGAACAUCUCUUUUCUCCAGACAUUGCAGCAGGGCUUCGGCAGUUAGAAGAGCUCAAGAUUCGGUUUUGUCUAAAGAUGGUGAAACUAAUAGCACCAGAGGAAGACAUGGUAGAAUGCUCAUCGACUGCUGUAUCUCCUGAAUUGAGAUUCUUUCCUAAGCUAAAAACGCUACUCAUUGAACACUGUUUUAAUUUUGAGCAAUUAUGGGUGGCCAAAAAUCUUGCAAAUUCUCGUGAGAACCCAGUUCUACUUCCUGAAUUGCUUACACUAGAGCUGAAGUAUCUACCAAAACUUACUGAUUUGCAUCAGGGGUCCACCAGCCUGGAAUACCCUUGUUUACAACAUCUGGAAGUAGUUAUGUGUGAUAAUUUGAAGAGGAUUUGUUUGUCGCAUCAAAGAACACCAAAGUUGGAAAAGAUUGUGGGAAACCAUGAGACGUGGUUUCAAACCAUUGAAUGGGGAAGUCCAAGCGACGAACAACUUAUGCGUCACCUUUUUUCAACGCAUGCAUGGUGAAUUAUAAAGAAAGAAGAAGAAUGAUGGAAUCUGACCAAAAAACCAAAACCAGAACCUUUUUUUCCAGUAGCAGGUAGGCUACAGUUUAUCUCAUAAAUGUAUAACAUAGUUUUUAGGCCGGCCUGACAGAGCCUUGCACCAUCUUCUUGAAAUUUAUUUUAAAUAAUGGGAAAUUCCUAAAUCCAAGGACUGGAAACUUUAAUCUUUCGCUUGAUUGCAUGUUCAAUGUUGUGAACGGAACUGAUCAUAUUUAUUCGGAAUUUAUUUGUAAUUUGUAU